AGAUGCUGCACCUUGUUUCCGACCCUUCGCCACACGCUGCAGUGACAGGCCGGGAAGUUCACACGAGGCUCCCUACAUGGAAUCCAUUGAAGGAAACGGCCAAAACCAGUGUAGAAAUCUCUCGGGUAUAAAGAGGGGCAUUCAGCAUUUGGUACAACGUUGCUAAGUGGAGAAUAUCUCCCAUCGGAACUCUGCCUAGUAAACGACCUGAUCUGUUAUCCGAGAGGCGUAGUGCUGUCAUAAUCGACAGCUCGAAUUUUCAGGAAUCAUGGCCACCAUGAAGCUGAUCGGUGUCCUUAUGAUGACAACCGUCGUGGCCGUCUGGGCCCGUGACCCUGAGCUCACAACCGACUUCGCCGUCCCAAUAGGAAUGAACGCUUCCUUGAUCGCUGGAGAUUUCUUCACAUUCACAGGUCUCAGAAACUUCUCUGCUGCUCCAAACACCUUCGGCUCGAAGAAGGUUACACAGGUCGAAUUCCCCGCUCUCACUGGACUCGGCGUCGGUGUGACCCUUCUCGAGUACAAGCCCAAUACUCUGAACCCUCCCCACACUCACCCCCGUGGAUCAGAGCUCAUCUACGUCAUGUCCGGACACUUGGACGUCGGCCUCAUCGACUCUGCCAACAAGCUUUACUCCGCCAAACUCCAAAAGGGUGACUUGUUCGUGUUCCCUCAGGGUCUUGUUCACUUCCAGAUCAACAUGUCCAAGAAACAGAGUGUUCACGCCAUCUCUGCUUUCGGUAGCUCCAAUGCCGGUACCAUCUCAUUGCCCAGAAAUAUUUUUGGUUCUGGUAUCGAGGACGAGGUUCUACUCCAGGCUUUCAAAAUCACCUCCGCCGAGUUGAUGAAGUUGAAAGCUCCAUUCAUGCCAACUAUGUAAAAUUUUAUCGUAGGGAAGACCUGAAAAUAUGACCAGGGUGAAGUGCAUCGUGCAUGCUCACUAGUUUAAGAAACUCUCCCCAUCAGCUUGGUGCGGAUCAGCUGUAGGACAUGCUUCAUGAAUAGUUUCACCAGAAGAGGUGUGCUGCUUGUCAGGGUGUGUAGUGAAUGUCGACUUCGCGAAUCGUACAGACCAAAACGUCUUCGAAAAUGCUUCUAGACAGUGUUGGAAAACGCUUACAGCUAGUGUAAUUGUUCCAUCUACCUCUGUGAAACAGUGGGAGAAACGAACGACUAGGUUCCAUCAUUUCACUGUCUUCAGUGUGUCACAAGAAGUUUCCGUCCACGUGGUCUUGAAAACCUAGUGGCUAUUAUUACAAACACUUCACAACUGGAACUUCUUAUCUAUCUCCAUCCUGCUCUGCAAGUUACUACAGCCAUGAUGGAAUCCAUUGU